AUGGAAAAGGGUACGCUAGAAGGCAAACGUUUUGAGGAUGGUUUCAAAGGUAAACAAACGCGAGUAAGAAGGAUUUUGAAUGGGGAUUCGAUUUUCGGCAAAAGCAAUGAAAACAGUGUCGCGGACGAUACCGCAAUAGAGAGAAAGGUUUUAGAUACGGUUGACGGGAAGCCAAUUGUAAUCGAGACAGAUCGUAUUCAAGUAAAGGAAAGGAUAGGUUUAGCGGGAGGCAUCUCUUUUGUUAUGGGAGCGAUAAUUGGUUCUGGGAUAUUCAUUUCUCCAAAGGGAGCCUUGCAGAAUUCUGGAUCAAUCGGGUUGUGUUUGCUUAUAUGGGCACUGUGUGGUAUUUUGUCUAUGAUUCUAGGACUUGUGUAUGCAGAGUUAGGUGUCAUGCUCCCAAAAUCUGGUGGAGAUUAUACCAUUAUUAAAACUGGAAUAGGACGUGUCCCCGCAUUCCUUGUUUCGUGGACGAAAUGCAUUGUGUCUCCAGGCGGCAGCACUGUUCAGGCGCUGGUUUUUGCGGACUAUGUUUGUGCUCCCAUAUUCGGAAAAUGUGGGGCUCCAAACAGUAUAAGGAAGUCUAUUGCUGCCGCAGAACUUCUGAUUCUUGCCAUAACAAACACUAUCAGCGUCCGGCUCGUUUCAUCCAUGCAGGGACUUUUCACAGUUCUGAAAGUUAUGGUCCUUGUUAUCAUUAUUGUUGGUGGAUUUGUCUCCCUCUUCGAAGGCAAGACUGAAAAUUUUAAUGAUGCAUUUCAAGGUUCUACCAAUGACGUCACUUCCAUAUCGCUGGCAAUUUACAGCUGCAUGUGGGCGUAUAGCGGAUAUACAAACCUCAAUGAGAUUGCUGAAGAACUAAUUCAACCGAAGAAAAAUAUUCCAAGAGCAAUUGUUUUAUCAAUGACAUUUAUAACUAUGAUCUACAUGUGCACAAAUGUUUCAUAUUUUACAAUAUUGAGCAAAUCUGAAUUCCUGACAGUUUCUGCUGUAGCAUAUAGCUGGGGCGAGAAAAUUCUUGGAACGGCUGCUAUAAUCAUACCAAUAGGUGUUAUGUGCUCUGUCCACGGCAAUGCAAAUGGUGGAUUUUUCACCGAAAUUAGAGUUCGUUUUGCGGCUGCGCGCGCAGGUCACUUACCGGAAGUGCUGUCAUUUCUGCAUCAUAAAUCGCGGAUUCCAUUGGCUUCUCUUUUCCUCAAUACACUUUUCUCAUUAAUCUUUUUGAUUCCGGGAGAUGUCGGUGAAUUGAUCAACUUGGUCAGUUUUGUCGGUUUUUUAGUUGAAAGCUUAACAUUCAUUGCGUACUUUAGAAUUCGAUACCAACGUCGCAAAGUGAAAAGAAACGAAGGUGAAUUCAGAAUUCCACUUUUUAUUCCUGUAAUUGCACUGGCAAUAUGCGCAUUUAUGUUAAUUUCGCCGUUUGUUUCUAACCCAAGAAUAGAGUUCUUGUACGGAGUAGGGUUCAUACUUUCGGGAUUAGUUCUGUACAUUCCCUUUGUGCACCUUGGAUGGAGCAUUCCCGGAACAAAUCUUUUGACUAUGUUAGCACAACUUCUCUGGGAUAUAUGCCCAACUAUUCUUGAAGAAUAA